GUUUUUGCUCGAGCCCAUCAACACCGUCAGCCCGCAAGGCCGCCCCACGGUCCUUAUCUUCUAAUCAGCCCUUCUCUCUGUCGAAGGCAGAUUCGCCUCCAAAUCCUAAACCCUGAUUGCAAAUGUGAUUGCUGUGUGAUCCAAGUCAGAGAUGCAGAUUUCCUCCGGCAUUUCAUGUCCUUCUGUUCCCUUCCCUUUUCUUCUCUCCUUAUCCCAGCUCUCUCCCGACCUUCCCUUCUCAUUUCCUUUCUGCGCGCCGCGAACUCCCUAUUCCGCCGUUGUGUCGUAUUCCUCAGGAAGCGGACAUAGUUGCUCAGCGGUGGCUCGGAAGAGGUCGGGGUUCAUGUCCGUGAUCGAACGAGCGAUGGAGGAGGAAGAGUACCGCCGAGCGAGGGCGGAAGUGCAGAAGAAGGUUGUCGAUUUGGAGGGAUACUUCUUCGAAGGAAUAUCUGUGGGAGGUCACGAGACAUGUGUGGUGGUGCCGAGUCUCAACUCGGCCUUUGACAUUGGAAGAUGCCCGGCCAGGGCUGUUAGUCAAGACUUCCUGUUCAUUACCCAUGCUCAUCUUGAUCACAUUGGGGGACUGCCAAUGUAUGUUGCAACUCGAGGCUUGUACAGUCUGAAGCCGCCAACAGUUUUUGUUCCUACUUGUAUUAAGGAGAAUGUAGAGAAGCUAUUUGAGAUUCAUCGGGCCAUGAGUCAUGAUGAGUUAAAGCUCAAUUUAGUUGCAUUGGAUGUGGGCGAGACCUAUGAGAUGAGGAAUGAUAUUGUUGUAAGGCCAUUCCGAACUAGCCAUGUUAUUCCCAGCCAGGGAUAUGUUAUUUACUCAAUGAGAAGGAAGCUUAAAAAGCAAUAUACUCAUCUAAAAGGCACUCAAAUCAAGAAACUGAAGCUUUCUGGUGUUGAGAUUACGGAUACAAUUUUAUCUCCUGAAGUUGCUUUCACUGGAGACACAACAUCUGAUUUUAUAAGCGAUCCUCAAAAUUUAGAUGCUCUCCGAGCAAAAGUUCUUAUCACUGAGGCAACAUUUUUAGAUGAUGAGUUUGAUAUUGAGCAUGCUCGUUUGCAUGGCCAUAUGCAUUUGCUAGAGAUUCUGGAGCAUGCCCAGUGGUUUUGCAACAAAGCUAUCUUGCUCACUCACUUCUCGUCCCGUUACAAAGUUGAGGACAUUCGAAAAGCUAUCUUGAAACUGCAGCCUAAAGUAUCAGCCAAAGUUAUGGCUCUUACAGAAGGAUUCAGAUCGUCAUACUCUUGAGUGCACAUCUAUGCAUUCCUUAAUAAUUGACUACUGUCCAGGUGCUAUAAGGUUUUUUUGGCAUAGGAUAUUGUGAUCAGACUUGUUCUUUUGAACAUCUGUCACGCUUCUGUGGAAGGCUAAGGUCAACUAAUUCAUGGAUUUUAGUUUCAUGUAAUUUUAAAUGUAUUAAUUUUAUGUCAUAAAUUGAUAUUUUUUAUCGUGUAAGUAUUAUAGUUAUAGUGUAAGGUUGACAUAUAUUUGGCA